AUGGAGCUGAAGGUGGACCUCCAGCGCUCCGGAGCGGUGCUGAGGCCGGCAGAGCCGGCGCGCCGGCCGCCCCUCCUGCGCUCCCAGACGGUAGCGCUGAGCGCCGCCCGGCUGAGUGCGACCGCCGACACCCACGGCCGGUCCAUGUCGAUGCCGGCGGCCGCUGGCGGCACCCUGCCGCCGCUGCACCACCUGCCCGACCAGACGGUGCAGGGCAUGCACACGCACUACUACCCCGAGGGCGGCUGGGGCUGUGCCGCCAUGGAGUGGGUGCCGGCCGACGCCCGCCUGCUCCGCUCCUGCUCGCUGCCGUCGCUGGCCGGCGGCGCGGCCGACUCGGGCGUCGACUCGGAGCCGCCGAGCGGCCACUACUACCUCGAGGGACACUGGGGCUGGGUGGUGGCGCUCUGCCACGCCCUCGUCAACGUGCUGGUGCACGGUCUGCAGAGCAGCUUCGGUGUGAUGGCGGCUCCCGCGGCCGAGGAGUUUCGGCGGCCUCCGUUGACGGUCGGCCGCCUGCGGGCGUGCUCCACCUCGCUGACCGCCUUCCGUACCUGUAUUCGGGGCCGCCUGCAGGCGUGCUCCACCUCGCUGACCGCCUCCCGCGCCUGGGCUCGAGGCCGCCUGCCGGCGUGCUCCACCUCGCUGACCGCCUCCCGCGACUGGGCUCGAGGCCGCCUGCGAGCGUGCUCCACCUCGCUGACCGCCUCCCGCGCCUGGGCUCGAGGCUGGCUGGGCGCCAUGUCGAUAGCGCUCUCCUGGCUGCUGUCGCCGCUCACCAUCGCCAUCUGCCGGCGCAAGUCCACCCGGCUGACGGCUGUGCUCGGGGGUCUGGUCGCCGCGCUCGGCAUCCUCUUCAGUUCCUUCGCGUCUCGCUUCCACCAGCUGUUCAUCUCGUACGGAACCAUAUUCGCGGUGGGCGUCUCUAUGACCCGGGACGCGUCCACGCUGAUGGUGGGCCAGUACUUCAAGCGGCGUCGCGAGCUGGUGGAGACGGUCGUCAUGUCGGGCAGCGGCGUCGGGCUGGCGCUCAUGUCCGCGCUGCUUCAGGGCGCCAUACAGGCGGCCGGCUGGCGCCUGGGCCUCCAGGCCGUCACCGGGGUCAUAGUGCUCACCUGUCUGCUGGGCACCUUCUACCGGUCCGCCUCGCUGUAUCACCCGCAGCGCAGGGCCAUCCUCCACUUGAAGCACUCCAAGAAAAAGGUGAAGGGCAAGACCAAGGUGGAAGACAAGCCGCCGUUCCUCGACUUCUCGAUGCUGAGGUCGAGGACGGUGCGGGUGCUGCUCGUCUCCACCAGCCUCAGCUCCCUGGGCCUGCACACGCCGCUCAUAUACCUGGCGCAGCAGGCACGGCAGGAGGGGAUCGCCGACGACUCGGUGCUGCUGCUGCAGAGCUACCUCGGCCUCGGCUGGACUCUCGGCUGCUGCGCCUUCGGCUUCGUCGUCGUCAGAAAUAAUCAGGAGGGCACCAAAGCCAUAGAUCAAUGA